AUGGACGACGACGAACCUCUUCAACUCUCAGCGCACGCGCUUGAAGCCCUCCAGCUGUUCAAGCAGGAGGAAGAGGCCCGCAGAAAGCAGUUUGAGCAGUUGUACCAGCAAGUAGCGCUGGAGAGCGAGAACGACGCAAUCUUGGAAAAACUGCCCACUCCAGCAGCUUCCAUCGAUGUUUUCCCCGAAGACUGGCAACUUUCACAAUUUUGGUACACUGACGAAACUGCCGCCAUUUUGGCCAGGGCCCUUUUGCAGGGAGCUGAUGAGGAUACUGUGGUGUGCAUUGCUCUGGCACCAUCAGUAUUCGCAGCAAUUGGUAAGUUGAAGCCAGAGGAAGUGCCCACCAAGCAUGUGUAUCUUUUGGAGUAUGACCAGCGAUUCAAAGUUCUAGCACCAGGCAGAUUUUAUGCGUAUGAUUAUACGACUCCCGACGAUGUGCCCGAAAAACUAUACAAGAAAUGCCAUCGUCUUCUCAUUGACCCACCAUUCCUCGAAGAAGAGUGCCAGACGAAACUGGCACAGGCUGCACGGAACUUGCUUGCGGAGGAUGACGGAGCCUUAACAAAGACCGGGGACAAGAGGUUCAAGCUUAUUUCGUCCACUGGGGAAAGAAUGAGAGAGUUGAUCUUGAAGCAUUACCCAGAGACGAGAAUGACAGACUUCCACCCGCAGCACAAGAACGGCUUGAGCAACGAGUUCUCCUGCUACGCCAGUUUUGAGUGUGAACACUGGAAGUUUGUACAAGACCACUGA